AUGGAAGCAGCAGCGGAUGCAUACCAAGAGGUGUCCACAGGCUUCAUACAGGCCCUAUUUCGACCCCUACUGAUUUUCCUCUCCAGCAACUCCAUGGAUAACAGUCCUACUCUGACGGAUCAGCUAGCUAACAUACUCGCCGACGUCGGUCGUCCGGACAUCUCUGAAUCGGGAAUAGUCCUAAACACUGUCCUCUUCUAUCUCUCCCCUAGGCUCUUUCAGCUUACCAAGUGCGCCAAGCAGCUUGAGGCAGCUAUACGCCAGCUAGCUGAUCGAAUAACGGACGUCGCCAUCGAACACUGCAUUUUGGUGACCCUGCAACCUCCGAGAGCAUCAAUGUCCGCACUUAUGCGGCGCCUCGAGAUCGGAGCGGAAGAUUAUACGGAACCAGCGAUCCCAUCUCCAGUGCGAUUUGCCAACACAGCCUGGCACAAUGUUGAAGAACUGGAAGGCCUGCGGCGUGACAUUUGGCUCACCCUCGAAACAGCCUAUAUCUGUCUACUUCGUUCUUCCGAAACGACGAACGAUGUUACGGGUUGUGACCUACUUUCGGUCGAUCUCCAAAAUCUUCAUUCUUCCGGCCUUAUGCUGGUCCAGUGUUUAGUCGGUCUUACGGCGCCAUUCGAUGACAUUGCUGCAAUACAUAUGACUGAUGGUUUCUACGCUAAUGGCGUUUCAGACGGAUUUGAGGAAAACUUUGAACACUGCAAUUGGCUGAAGGUGCUGGAUCCUAAGUUAUUCCCUCAACAGUCAUCUCCUUCAGAUUCGGAGCUUUCGGCGUGUAGGACUCGGGUCGCCCUCAGUAAUUUCGCAGCAGGACUGCACUUUGAUUCUAUCACGGCUUUGAAUUUAAUCUUCGCUCAGAAUGCUCGUCUGUCCCGGAUUUUACUCGCUCCACCCUCCUGGAUGACGUUUUGCUUUCCGGAGAACUGUGCUUUCUUCACUGACGUGGCUUCCAUCUACAAGGCAUUCUAUCGAAUCUUCGCCACCUGUCCCGAACAUGAUGACUACUAUUCUGCCCUUCUACUUCCGCUGCUGCAAAGUCUAUCCUCUGUCGAAUGCCUCGACGUCCAAACGCAGUUUCCGCUACUGCCAAACUUCCCCGCCUGGCUUUCUGCACUUUUGGAUUUUCUCGGAGACUUCUUAGACGAAAUUUACGGCCGCUUCCAUAGUAUCGUUUUGCAGCGCCUCGCCUUUGACGAUUCUCUCUCAUCCGAACGCGCAACUGAGCUACUCUCGCAGUUCCAAGGCAUAGAGUCCCUAGUGAAGAAUCUACCCCUCCCUCAGACUCCCGCGGUUUGGUUAAGAGUCUUUCCGGAGGGACGAUUGCCAUGUAGUUGCUCCUUUGCACUGACUGCAAGUCUCUUAGAGCCGGUGGAAAUUGACUCCAAGCCCUGCGAACCAACGGAAGGCGACAACUCGAAUGGUGGCUCUUUCGCAGUGGCCUUCAAGCAUACUCUGAUCGACUGCAUCGUUGAUCUGCUUUCCGUCCCAGUUCAGGCUCUGCCCGAAGGCCUUCUUCUUUUCUUCAAUAACCUGGACAAAUUCGCGAAGGCUGAAGGAUCGCCUCUGAGCUGUUUUCGUUUUCUCGGUAACCAUGCGGUUACCCAUUUCCUGUUACUCGCCUUUUGGUGGAAAAUUGGUUCGCAGACAUCAGUCUGGAAGCAGAGGAAAGAGGCAGGGAUGAAUGCAGACGCAAGCGAUCCACUAUGGCCCCAGAAGCUCGUUAUGUUUGCAGUAAUCGCCUAUAUGAUCAAUUCGGAGGUGCAACCCGAAAUGGAGAUUGAAUUGUCUGAAAUCUGUACUCUUUUUACACUUGCUCUUGCCGCUAAUGUUUUUUCGCGUCUGGCAGUGGAUGUUAAGGAUGUUCUUUGA